GCGGCUAAUAUCCUGAAAUGAUGUAGACCAGGCCAGAGUAGCAGAGUGCAGAAUAGAAGCCCUUCCCAAUUCCCCUUUGUGUUUAUAUAUAUAUAUUUUUUAUACUUAUAGAGGGAAAACUGUCAACCAUAUCCAAAGUGCAAGACCAAAGAGAAAUAAUGUAUGCUUUUGUGAGGUUCUUGGAAGACGAUAUGUGUUACGCUUUACCCGCUUCAAAUGUGAAAGAUUUUAGACCUCUGCACAAAACAGAUUUUGAUAAUCAGAAGGUGUAUCUGGUUCUCAGAACAGAAGAUAAUGGUACAGGCCAGCCGUGCAAAGCACAGAUUCUUGCCCUUGCAGAUAACGUUGAUGAGUUUGAACAUAGUAUAAUGCAAAAAAAGAUGAAAAUUCCGAAGAUGUCAACAAGGAAUAUGGGAAAUUCAGUUGAGAACCACUUUGGGGAGGAACGACUGCCACUGAGACAUAAAAAGGCUCAGACACCGGACCAUGGGCGUCCCACUGCCAACUCCUCCAAGAGCCUGGCAGCGGUGGUGGCCCGCCUGGAGAGGAAUGCUGUGAGUUCCUGCAUGGAGGGAGAGGAGGACCUGGAGGAGGACAGGAUGGAGGAGGAGGAGGAGGAGGAAGAAGAGGAAGAAGAGGAGGGAGACUCUGGGCCUGAGGAUGCGGUGGUACCGCGGGUUCUCUAUGAGGAGCUGGUCCACAGCUACAGGCAGCAGGAGGAGGAGGUUAGGAGGCUACAGCAGGAGCUGGAGAGAACCCGCAGGCAGCUGGUCCAGCAGGCCAAGAAGCUGAAGGAGUAUGGCAGCCUGCUGACAGAAGUGAAGGAGUUACGUGACUUCAACAGGAGGCUGCAGGAUGUGCUCCUCAUGAGGCUGGGCAGCGGUGAGAGACACACACUCUCCAGUAACCUCUCACUGCAGCCUCCCAUGCACAUCUGUUCAGAGCCUAUGCAUGACAAUGGCACUCAGACAAUCAAAGCAGAGGUGGUGGAGCCCAUCAUUGAGCCACAGGAAGUGUGCAGAGAAGAGGCCAAUACCAGCUCCAGCCACUCCCCCUCCCCAAGAACAGUCUACACUUUUAAUGAUGGCAAGGUGCACCUGGGCGGGGGCAUCUGGGUUCAGGAAGAGAAGUGGCACCAGCUCCAGCGGACACAGGGAGACUCCAAGUUCACCAAGAACCUGGCCGUCAUGAUCUGGGGCACUGAGACCCUCAAGAACAGGAGUGUCACUGGUGUGGCCACCAAAAAGAAGAAAGAUGCCCUUCCCAAGCCCCCCCUCUCCCCAAGCAAGCUCAAAAUAGUUAGAGAGUGUCUGUAUGACCGAGUGUCUCAAGAAACGGCGGACGGCGCAGAGAUCACACAAAGAUUGUCCAAAGUGAACAAAUACAUCUGUGAAAAAAUUAUGGAUAUCAACAAAUCCAUCAAGAACGAGGAGAGGCGGGAAUCGAAGCUGCUCAUUAGACAAACCGUCAAGAUGGAGAAUUUCACCUACGAUGGCAUGUAGUGAUGAAAAGUUGUCACCAUACUAGAGCUCAUUCUCUUUUCUUGGACUGCCGAAACAGAAGAGGGUGGGUAGGUUCAUGUGUGCCAGGCCAGCACUAGAGAUCCUCAGUAGGCGCCCAAGGCCCUAAUCCAUCAGCUGUAAGACAGCUUUACCUGCAAGACAGCUUUACCUGUCAAUCAAUGCAGUGAGUGGUUAAGCGUUUUGGUGUGUCGUAUGAACUGGUGUGAGAGAUUCUUAAAUCAAUCAUCUGGUUGUGAGAGAAUGCAGUGGCGCUCCAACCAAAUAUUCUGUGUCAGAACAUGACGUUGUGUCCUAAUAUUCUUAGUGAUUUCCCUUGACAAAUAACUUCUGAUUUGUAAGAAGAUAUUCUGGACUAACCAUGCUAGUUUGUCGCGAUUCAGAGGUUAGCCACACUGAAGGCCUUAGUGUUGAGUCUCUGUGUGUGCUAUUGGUACUUAAAGUGACGUGGGGAGGUUGUUAAUACGCACUUUUUCAACAGGGUCUCUCUGAUAUACAUGUCUUAAUUGAUACAUGCCACAUUGCGCAGAUAUUCCGUUGCCCGAGAGAUUAUUGCUGUGUGGUCAUCUAGAUGGGAUGCAAGGUUUGAGGUCUCGUUACCAUGGGAAUAUGCCAUUUGGAUUUCCAUAGUAUAGAGCACCAAUAAACAUGAAGAGUUUGGUAAAGAGAGGUUUAUCAUUAUUUGUCUGUGGUGCUUGUCCACAUCAGACGUGUAACGGUCUUGAGAAUAUAUGUUUUCUGAAUAAUGAUUAACAGUGUAUAUAUCCUACUUGAGAGAUCCAACUUGAGUUUACAUAAAUGUGAUUGUUGUAGUAGUGUCUUUAUUCAAGCUGUCCUGCAGAUCGUUCAACUGUUUUGGAGUUGUGGUACAAGAUUUUAAGCCCAGAAAGGCUUUAUGUUUAUGGGAAUCAUUGGGGACUGUGUCCUCCAGUUAUUUAGUAAGAUGUGAUUUUAAUCUAAAGUAAAGCUGAUAUCUUUAAACUGCACUUUGGUGUCUGAAUGUGAAAGUUUGUCAGGUACUGUGUUUGUUUGGCUGUGGGUAAAGCUGUCUGCAGCGGUCAGUGUUCUGGCUAGAUCCCUGGAUAAAGCAGGAUUCCUGCUCUCUCACAGCCCUCUUCUUUGAGGCACACCACUGGGAAUGAAUUGCUAUAUAGUGACAACUUCCAAUGACAUGCCAUCAGAACUUUUCAAAUGUUUUUUCCCCAAACAGUUUGUCUGGCUGUCUGCAACCUGGAACUAAAUGCUGCGGAUUGAAUUCUUAACUGUGACCAUGUGGCUAACUGUGAAUCACCUGCAGGUCUGCCUGUCAAGCCUUUUUGCCUCUUCACUUUCUAUGUAUUUUUGUUUGUGUCUAUGGUUUUUCUUUUGUAUUUCUUACAGUUCGAUCAAUGUUUUGUUAAGCUGUGGGGAUAUUUUAGUGUAUAUAACUAGUCUCUUUUCACAAGUCAUGUACUUUUCAGUUUUUAGUCCGACUUACACAUUAACAUGGUAAACUCCUGUAUUUUUUUUUUAUUGACAUUGUAAUUCCUUUGUUACCUGGCGGUAAUUUUUAUGUUUGUUAAUUUUUGGGGGCUUUAAGCUUGAUAUUGUAUCCAAAUGUAGAUUAGAAGCAUCUAAACUCAAAGAAAAGAAGUGUCUCUCACGUCGGUAAUCUCUAUGAAAAAUAAACUAGGCAGACCACAAUUUAAAGUGAUGUCUUUAGGAGUCAAUAUAACCCUUCCCUUAUGUUCGAUUCGGCCUACAACUCAAUUUGACCUGUACCGUAAGUACAUCACAAAUGAUUUUAACCUCCCAAAAUGUAUUUAUUUUCCAGUAGCUGAGAAUGUCCUCUUUCAAAUGCUUCAUAUGCUAAAUUGAUAGACCCAACUGUUUAACAUUUAGCCAAAUGUUUGAUUUACUGUACCAAAGUCGUAAAUCUAAAUUAGAUUUAAUAACAUUUAUGACAUCAGAUCCCUGUCCCUCGGCCUCUGAACAUCACAGGGAGAACAUACUGAUGACCUUGUGAUCACCAAGGAUAUAUCUUUACUGCACAGAGAACCAUUUUUCUCUAGCACAAAGGUCAAAGUCGUGGUCAAAUUGACUUCAGAUAAAUCGACUGAAAAGAAGGGAAGGGUUAAAUUUCCCCUAUUUUAAGGACGGGCUGUAUUUUCAAAUCAAUCAAUGAACGCACUUUAAAUAUCUUGUGACAGAUUCUCCAUUUGUAAAGAAAUGGAUUUGUUUGCAAAACCGAUUUGGUCUCAACUUAUUUUGGCUAUUUAGAAGAAGAAAAAAGACAAAUAAUAAUAAUCGAUGCACCUUUUAAAUGGUCCUGAUAGGUCUGAGUUCUGGUUUAUUUGUAUGAACUGAAUAUGUGUGAAGAGUGGUCCUCAGUAAGCUAUGCCUCUGGCACACAGUGCUUUAUAUUCCCCAGGGUUUGCCUAUUCCCAACAACAUGCCACUCCCCAGGCAUUGGAAUGGGCUUUAGGCAUGAAACUAAUAUGUAAAGGAUGUGUUUUUGUCCUUCCUGUAUGAACCAGACGGUAGAGCUAUACAGAGAGGAACUGUAUGUUAGCUAGUUCUUUAAAAUGUUGCGCUAAUCUUCUGUCUGCUGCUCUCUUGUCCCAUUGUUUAUAUUUUCCAUGUUUUGAAUUAUUUUUAUGUGCUUUGAAUUGGCCCCACUAUUUCAAUUAUGUGUUUUUUUUAAUUAAAGAUGUAGAUUAGGGUUCAGUGGGAAGUUGGGAACACUGGAAGUUCAGCUGGAAUUAUAUCCUGGUUGAAUGAUCGGCAACAACAAAAAACAUAGUCCUUUUUGGAAACGGAUGGAUCUCAGUCUGCUGUUUGUUCUUUUUACAGACAACUUUUAAAAUGUGAGAAAUUGCACCUUCCCUGUAUUUUGUAGUGCUGAUGAGUAGCUAGUUGUUAGGAAAGCCAAGCUGUAUAACUGGCCCCUCCCUCCAGCUCUUUAGACAGCUAAUGGUUAAACGUGGGCAUGGCCAUUGGGUAUACAGUACAGUACAUGGCCUGGCCUCACUCAGCCCUCACAGCCAGUGAUCCCUAUGGCCACCCAGAUGAUGCUUAAGAAAACAUAGGCAAAGUGUCUUGUUGCAUUGCUAUAGCUUUGUUGUUAUUGACAGUAGAAGCAUGCUAAACCCCAGACUGCACUAGGUGCCAUUCUCUCUCUGGUUAAACGUUGGAUCCAUCUGUGUUACCAGACAGGUCAUGUAUUGGAAUGGCUAUACAGCAGGGGAGGGCAGCUCUUAUCCACAGGGCUGGCAGGAUCCCUGAGCUUAGUACAAACAGACAGCAUGGGGACUGGCUGGGGGGAUCCGGGCAAGUUGACAUAUGAAACAAGCAGGGACUGUACUGUGCUUUUUCAUCAUCUAAAGUGAUUCACAAAUUCAAGGACCUUGAAAAUGUGCAUCACUACUGGAUUGUGUGCUCUUAACUGAAUGUGUAAAGAUGCUGGGUAUCUUGACUGUUGUUGUGGGUGAGUGGUUAUAUUAAGCCAAAAUGUUGAAUGCUGAUAAUGGAGAUGGGGGUUGAACUUGCACAAAAAUGUCCCUUGCCAAGGUUUUAGUCCAGAGUUAUCUAAGCUACCACAGAGACUAAAUAUAUUUUUGUUUUUAAAUAUUCUCCCAUAUGUAGAUGUCCUGCUAUCAUUUCUGUAGAGAUCAACAUGGUCCUGUUGGGUCCUUGCGCACAGUAUGUAUUACAUUACAUGCAUUUUAAGGCUUUUAGUUUGUGUGAAAACUGUUCUGUGUGGCCCGCGAUGAAUUCCUGUGACACAUGUUGUUAAUGUUGUUUACUCGUUUGUUUUCUGAUGCCAAAAAAGGGGUUAUGGUUAAGUAGCAAUUAAGGUAUAAUAUUAGACUUGUCAACUGAAAGGCUGACACGUUCAUGAAAACAUGCUGAGGACCAGUCCAGGUUUAACCCACCAAACUGCCCAGUGUUUCUCCUACUAUCACAGCCACUAGGUGUAAUGACAACACUUCCUUAGGUAUGCAGUGGAUAUGAGGUUUUUCCAUAAGGAAGAUUUGUUUGUCAUAACCUCAUUAUGGCAGUGAGUCCCACUGCUCUCUCUUCCUCGCUGUGCUGUGUGAUUCAUGAAGCCCAAUAUCACCACCUCGGAUACAAUGUUUUUUUCUAAUUUGGGCAAAAGUCCGUCCUUCACUCUCUCUCUCCAUGACACUGAAACCGAUGUGUUGAGGAGAUGUAAAUUUGUUAGUAGGUGAACGGAAGAGUGGCCUCCCUUCCUCGAUAACCACCUUACAUCAAGGAUGGGGCGACAGGUACAGUAGCCUAGUGGUUAGAGAGUUGGGCCAGUAACCGAAAGGUUGCUGGAUCGAAUCCCCGAGCUGACAAGGUAAAAAUGUUGUUCUGCCCCUGAACAAGGCAGUUAACCCACUGUUCCCCGGUAGGCUGUCAUUGUAAAUAAUAAUUUGUUCUUAACUGACUUGCCUAGUUAAAGGUUUAAAAAAUAGUUGUGUAUCAAACCGGAGUCCUUCGUGGAAGACUUUUAAAGUCUGCCACACUUCCUUUUGAAUCAGCUUUUGUUUUGUCGUCGGAGAAAAACAUGCACAUGUUUUUAAACUAUGCUAGUUACAGUUUUCAUCUAUAAAAUAUCUUGCACAACUAACUAAAUGUUUUUUGUGUUUUACAAGUAUUAUUAUGUAAAUGUCACUGCCUGAUGACACGUGAGUGGAGGAGUCAUUUCAUACAGGUGUAUUUUCAUCCAUGUUCUCUCUCCUCGAUUACCUUUUUGACGUUUUUCAAAAGGAGGUGAGAGAGGACAGAGGAGAGGACGCAGGAGUUGGGCAAAUCCAAUUGAGAAAAUGCCAAUGUUAAGCUUACUCUAAAUGAGAAAGGGACUUGGGGAACUAAGUGUAGUUCCACAAUUCAUUGGCAAGUAUACUUCAUCUAGCUUCACUGUCCUACCUCAUUGCUUCUCUUGUGUUUGUGUAUGAUGUAUAUAUUUUUUUAACUAUAGGAAAAUACCUUAUUGAUAACUCAUUUCCAAAUGUACAGUACAUGUAAACUCGUAACACCUCAGUACUACACAGUUGAUAUCAUUAUGAGGAAAUCAGUUUUGUAAAAAUGCUUACUAAAGAGCCUACUGUCAAUGGAUGCCCAGUUGUCUCCAAAAAUGUAUUUCAACUGAUUGCUCCUUUUCACUGGUUGAUGGUGCUACCAGCAAACGGGUUAACUGAUCUGUCUCUUACCUCAAACGGUGCUAAUUUUUUCUAUGUUUUUAUUCUCAUUAAGUUGUAUGUUAUUCAAGUUGGUCACCCUAAAAUAAACAACAAAUCACAUUUCUAAAAUGUUAAACUACACUUUCCAAAUACUAUUAGAUACAUUCUGGUUUGAGCUAAAUCAACUCUGCUGUUUUAAGUGAAGUAAAUCAUAGUUCCUUGCUUAUUUUAAAAUAUACUUUCAGCAGUUAUUUAGGAAUUGUACAUUUUGGCAUGCUUCAGAUUUGAGAAGGUGGUAACUUUUCAUAAGCACAUCUCAGAUCACCAUUUAUCCAAAUACUGCUAUUAUUUUGCUGCAUGUUGGCUAUAUGGGCAGUUGUGCUAAAACCAAUUUCAAACUGGACUGGGCAGUUCUGUUAAAGAUCGAUUUGGUCCUCAGCAAAUGUUUCGUUAUCCACAGAUCAAUGCUGUGACCACUUCUACAGACAGAUUGCAAUUACAUUUAUUAGGGUAUUUCUUGGCAGUGUCUCUAAUAUUUAGCUGGAAAUUAGAUAUUGGGUUGGAUAGGGUUGUGAACUUACCUCUCUAGGAGAAUAUGACAUUUACCAUGCAUUGUAUCUUAUAAAAAUGUUUAAUAGAUGGGUGUGAAAUGUCCUGACAUCUUCAUGUUGAUAUGUGACAAUUUGAAGAAUGUCAAAAAAUUGUCAAUUUGACCUCUGGAAAAAAAAGAGUUUUGUUUCACUACUUAUUAAUCUCCUUCAUUCUUGCUGCUGAAUAUACAUUUAUAAAAAUUAUAUCAAUAUAUACGUAUCAAUAUUUUUUCAAAAUAUGGUAAUUGAGAGCGUGUUCAAUAAGUACUGUGAACCAGAGCCAUAGAUAUAUGAUGUUUAUAUGUACUCCAUAUCUGUGGCUCUGCUGUAAUGAUGUUGUCUUUUUAAAUCCCUAGUUUCUUGGAGCCAGAGAUACAUGCACAGAGGGUUUUAAGAACAGUCUAUUUUCUGAGACCCCACAUGUUCCUGUGUUAGUUGAGGUGGGGGGAGUAGAGGGAGCCUACGUCUGUGAAUGUGUCCGUGGGCACCAGAGUUUGAAAAGGGGGGAGGGGGGUGGCUCAUCAGUGUGUCCUGGGGGGGACCCUCACACAGUCACCAUACUCCAGAGCUGGCCUAUACAGAAAGGAAAUGUUAUAAAAAUAAAUGUCCUUGCAAACCGGUCACACCUCCGCUAUACAACUGAUUUUGACUCUUAGCAUCAUUAUUCUGUGUUUGCUGCACCUGUUCAAUGUUCAGAUCAACAAAAUAAAUCCAGAUGUUUAUUCUACCAGAA